AGACGCUCAGCAGAAGUAGAGUAUCGGGCUUCAGGUGGACCGAGCUGCUGCCAUGUCGCUGCUGUGUGUCCGAGUGAAGAAAGCCAAUCUCCAUGGCCCUCCAGAUAAAUUCAAUGCUUACGUUACCUUAAAGGUGCAGAAGGUCAAAAGCACCACCAUCACGGUCCGGGGAAAUCUGCCAUGUUGGGAGCAGGACUUCAUGUUUGAGAUCAGUCAUCUAGAUUCAAGCUUGGUGGUGGAACUGUGGAAUAAAGGUCUUAUUUGGGAUACUAUGAUUGGAACAACACUCAUCACCCUGGACAGCAUCCCCCAAUCUAACAAGGAGGGCUCAGGGCACUGGCUGCAACUGGACUCUGAGCUCCUGAUGAGGGAGGAGGAGAUCUGUGGAACCAGCACCCCCACCCCCCACCAAGUCCUGCUGGACACACGCUUUGAGCUUCCCUUUGAUAUACCAGAAGACGAAGCCCAAUACUGGACGCGCAAACUGGAUCGGAUUAACUCCAUUCACAUCCAUGGACAGGAGGAGAUCCAGAGAAUUUUGCCUUCCGUCCCCUCUCAGUGUUGUAGUUGGAGUUACUUCAGCCGAAACGAAAGCACGUUGGAUGACCAGGACAGUGUAGUGGAUGACCGAGGUGGUUACUACCGCAAUGAGAUGGCUACAAGACCCCCACGCUACCACAACACACCCCAGAACAACUCCUCCGCACACCAGUAUCCCAUCGGCAGGCCUCCCCAAUACUCCCUGUCCAGAGAGUCCCUCCAGAGAUUUGAGCUGGAUGAAAGGGAAGCUAGGGCAAGCAGUCAGGGAGACGGUCAUUUCAGCUCAUCAGGAAACCUCAGCCAGGCCAUCUCUCAGGUCAGUCCUGAGCACAUUGCUCACAGCCUGCCACCAUUGCCAGGGCAACCGGGGGGAGGAGAGGAAGAGGAUGCUGAGACGGCACAGCAUUCACAAGCUGGAUCCAACAAAAACCUGAAGGACUCCUCUGCCCUCUUGGUCGGUCGAGCCGUGGCUAUGUGUGAAACACCUCAGAUCAACGGCAGGUUUGAAGACAGUACUCUUCCCUGCUCCCUAUCCUGGGUGCGCUGGAUAAAGGCCUACAACAAAGUCAGGGUGCAGCUUUCUAAUAGCUGCAAUCAAGAUGGCACCGCCAGCAAACACCAACGGGCCAAGCCAAGUGUGCCAGUCCUUCAUAAGAGACGGCCCAUCCCGCUGUUCAGUGAAUUGGUGAGUACUGACCCUAACUCAACUAUUUAUGUAAGAACUGUUUGAGCUGGUCAACGCCCUCCGUCAACAUCUAGAAA